AUGAAAAAUUGUACAGCCAAUAUUUUGGAAAAAGAAACUGUUAUACUUGAAACGAAAGGUAUUUACGGAGAAAAUUGCUCAGUCAAAAAUAUAGAUCGGCAAAAAUUAUCAAUGACAUGUAAGCGGAAAGCUGUCGAAGAUAUCUGUCAAAGACCUAGAAAAAUAAUACUAGGAGAAAUUAAUGCUUUCGGAGUUUCCUCAAAAAUGACAACAAAUGAUGUCUCUGCAGUACGAAAAUGUAUAUACCGUGCUCGUCGUCAAAUUUUACCGAUGGAGCCAACAUGUUUAGCUGAUAUUCACAGUGCUGAUGAAUUUAUGACAACUCAUGGUACGCAUUUCAAACUUAUUUCCAAUGAUGAUUCACAGAAAUAUGGUCAUAUUGAUGGCAUGAGAAAGAAAACCAGCAAUUGUUCCAAUUUGUACCAAUUAUUUAUUGGCAAUUUGACUUGGUGGACAACAGAUCAAGAUAUAAUUGGCUCUAUAAUCGAUGCUGGAGUGCAUGAUUUCGUUGAUAUUAAAUUUUUUGAAAAUCAAGGAAAUGGCCAAUCAAAAGGUUUUUGUAUUGUUACAUUAGAAUCAGAGAAAAGUGUAAAACAGAUUUUAAAGAAAUUAAAAAAUAAACUUAUCCAUGGACGAAAACCUGUUGUUACAUUUCCAUCUUCAAGAGCAUAUUUUAUGUUUGAAUCAGAAUAUGAAACUCAGUUGAAUAAAUCUUCUAAGGAGGAUAUGUCUAGAAUUCCUGUCGGUAAUUCAUUAGAAAACCCAUCACAAAGUGUGUCUUAUCAUACAAUAAUGCCACUGAUGUCUAGCUGUAUACAAACCCACCACCAGUAUCCACAACCCACAGGUUAUGAAAACCAAUGGAACAGAUCAUAUCAACAAAAUAUGGGUACAUAUUUUGUCACAUCAGAACAAGGUAUAUCGGGAGCUGGAGGUUCACUUAGUCAAAUAAAUCAAAAUGAUCAUUGUCAAGAAUCAGUUGAUCCUACAUUAGUCAAUCAAACCAGUACAUCUCUAAAAUCUCAGAGCUUUUCAUAUGAUGAUUAUCAUCCCUUUUAUACACAUUCUAAUAAACCUCGCGUGAUAAAUGAAAUACAAAAGACAGAAACAGAAACAGAAAUAAACUUCAUUAUUAACAGGAAUAGAAUUGUGUCUAGUUCUGCUAUAGCACGAGCUGUAACUGAUGCUACUAACGGUGAAUACGUCAGUGCUAUUGAAACUUUGAAUACAGCAAUAGCAUUGAUCGAAGAUUCUAAGAUUGCUAAUGACGAGCGCAGUAAAAUAUUAGUGUGUACUUUGUAUAACACAAUAUAUGGAAUUCAAACUAGGAUGGUUAAUAAACGGAAAGAGUUUUGUAGAUCACCUUUGAAUAGAUUAUACAGAAAGCCAAAACGUGAACACAGUUAA